CUUUCCUUUCCUCCUUGUGCUUCCGGUCUGCGACUUCCGGGUUCUCUUACCCUUGGAGUUUUCUAUUGAGCAGCGCUGUAGGGUGUAUAUGAGUUUGGGAUGCGGAGGCUGCUGAGGUCUUCACUACUGUAUUCUGUGGCCAGCAGAACAUUUUACAAUGACACAUCCAGAGUUAGACGCCUCCUGCUGUCCAAGUUUUACCAACCAGGAAAUUUGUGGAAGGAGAACUCACCCAAGAUCCAAGCCAAGUCAAAUGAGCCCUCCAGCAAGAGUCAGAGACUUAUGUAUAAAGCGGGAUUGAUCCGACCCACCAGCCCAGGGUGUUUCCACUAUCUUCCUCAUACCGUGCGCUCAAUGGAGAAGCUCAUUCGACUAAUAGACCGGGCAAUGCAAGAGAUUGGAGGGCAGAAGAUUGACAUGGUGACCCUUUGCUCAGCAGAGUUGUGGAGACAAAGUGGACGCUGGGAUCUGGUGGGAAAGGAGCUGCUCCGUUUGAUGGAUAGACACAACCAGGAGUAUUGUUUGGGGCCCACACAUGAAGAGUUGGUGACCAAUCUGGUUGCCACAGAAGGCGGCAUCAGCUACAAACAGCUUCCUUUACUGCUCUACCAGAUCACACGGAAAUUCAGAGAUGAACAGAAGCCAUGCUUUGGCUUGCUGCGUGGCCGGGAGUUUUACAUGAAAGACAUGUACUCUUUUGAUUUAACCGAGGAAGCCGCCUAUCAAACAUAUCAUAAUGUUUGCGAUGCCUAUGCUAACAUAUUCCACACCCUUGGCCUCAAGCAUGUGAAAGUCCAAGCAGAUACAGGUAAUAUAGGAGGAAAAAUGUCACACGAGUUUCACCUCCCUGCCAGCAUUGGUGAAGAUAAACUGUUGGUGUGCCGCAGCUGUGAUUUUGCCGCCAACGUGGAGACUUUGCAUCCAGAUGAGAAGAAUUGUCCUAGCUGUAAAGGAGAGCUGUCAGAAAGCAAAGGCAUCGAGAUAGGGCACACGUUCUACCUUGGGACCAAAUACUCUCAUGUUUUUAAUGCCGUAUGUCAUGAUGUCCAGAACAAACCCGUUGUAGCAGAAAUGGGUUGCUAUGGCAUUGGCGUCUCAAGGCUGUUGGCAGCAUCUAUAGAAAUUCUCUCUACCGAGGAGGAUAUUCACUGGCCAAAUCUGAUAGCUCCUUACCAGCUUUGUCUCAUUCCUCCUAAAAAGGGGAGCAAGGAGAUGGCGGCAGCACUGGUGGCAGAAGAGCUAUACGACUCUAUAGUUACAAUUCCUCAUAUGAGUAAUGAGGCCGUUUUAGAUGAUAGAGAUCACUUAACUAUUGGUAAAAGAGUCAUGGAAGCUCGCAUGAUGGGUUAUCCCUAUGUUAUUGUCAUAGGUAAAAAGGCUUUAGAGAGCCCCCCGAUGUUUGAAGUGCGAAAUCACAGGACUGGUGAAGUGCAGUUCCUUUCAAAAGAAGGAGUGUUAAGCUUUAUACAAGGUGUACGGGUAAUCUAGGAUAUUUUGUAAUUGUGUAAAUAAUAAUUGUACAAUAAAGUCAUUUUCAGGUGUUGUCAGCUUUGGACCUUUUUGUUAUAAGAGUCCCCUG